AUGGAGCAGUUCGAGUCUGUAAAGACCAUGAUCGACAACCUCCGGUCCGAGGACCCGGAGGCGCGCCUGAGCAGCAUGCGCGGCAUCCACCUCAUCAGCACCACGCUGGGCCCUGAGCGUACUCGUGACGAACUCCUAUUGUACCUCACGGACUACCUCGAUGACAACGACGAGGUGCUGCGCGUGUUCGCGAACGCGCUGGGAACGAUGCUGCCGGAGGUAGGAGGCGUAGAGUACACCAGCAGUCUGCUGGUCCCACUAGAGAUCCUGGGUAGCCUGGACGAAGUGACCGUGCGCGACGAGGCUGUCGCAUCUCUCCAGCUCAUUGGAAACCAAAUUUUCAUGCCUGGUAGCACCACAGGCAGCAGCGGUGUGUCUUCGGCUGACAACAAGCACAAGGACUCGAAUGCAAAGGCGCAAGGUGACUUCAUCAGCAUGGUCCGCCGUCUAGGUGAAGGGAUGCCGCAGUGUCGCAGCACCGCCUGCUCGCUCAUCUCCACCGUCUAUCCCUGCUCUGACGCCAGCACGCGCGCGGACUUGAUGAGGCUUUUUCAGAGGCUCUGCGAGGACGACGAGAUCCUCGUGCGGCGUGCCGCGUGCAUUGCCAUGGGCAAACACCUCGCCCGGGUGCUUGGCCCGAAGGGGUGCUCAGAGCUGGUGCCGAUCCUGAGCGCGUUUGCCAAAGACGAGAGUGACGGUGUGCGCCUGCAAGCGGUGGCGACGUGUGCGUCCCUGCUUCAGAUGCUCCCUGAGAUGCAGCACUCAGCUAUCCUCUUAGCUGUUCGCUCGCUCUCGUCGGAUAGCUCGUGGCGCGUUCGCUACAUGGCGGCAGAUUCUUUAGGCAACCUCGCGGCCGCUCUCUCGCCACCGGACGUCGUCAAGUAUGCUGUGCCGGUGUUCCGCUCCUUGUGCCAAGACUCAGAGCCAGAGAUUCGCGCGGCUGCGGUGUUCAAUAUGGCUAACGUGCUUGCCGCUUGUCGAGACGCCGCCGGCAAGAAGGAUAUUCUCGUGACCGGCACUCGACUCGUGUCCGAUGACGUCAGCCACGUCCGCAUGAGCCUCGCGAGCGCGGUGCUGAAGUCGGUGGCGCACGUGGCCAAGGACCUUUGGGGGACUACCAUCGUCCCAGCGUGCACCGCACUGCUGCGGGAUGCGGAAGCGGAUGUGCGGCUGGCGCUCGUGUCUGGUUUUAACUCCAUGGGCAACACCCCGGAGGCAAAGGAGCUGGCCCCGAGCCUGGUUCCUGUUGUCAUCAACCUCGCAGCGGAUUCGAAAUGGCGCGUGCGGGAAGUGGUCGUGACACAGGUUCCCUACGUGAUCACGUCGCUGGGGCGGAACGCGGAGCAGGUGCUGCAGGUGUGCAUCAUCCGUCUGACCGACCGGGUAGCCGCCAUCCGUGACGCCGCAGUGCAGUCGUGCUGUAAGCUCGUAGCCGAACACGGGAGCAACUGGGCGGCCUCAAAGCUCCUGCCACAGGUUCUGAGUCUCGUGACAGACCCUAACUACCUCCAUCGAGUCGCGCUCUGCCACCUGUACGCGGGCCUUGCGAACGUCGCCGCUUUCGACACGACCGCAUGCGAGUCAGCGGUGUGGCCGCAACUUGUGACGCUGCACAAGGAUCCUGUGCCGAAUGUGCGCCUGAACGUGGCCAAGGCAAUCAUGGCGCUCAGCCGCGCUGACAAGAUCCCUGCGCGACUAACAAAGCCGGUGCUGAGGAGCCUUAGUGAAGACGCCGAGGUGGACGUACGCGAUGCGACGGCGGCAGCACCGUCGCUAAAAGCAUCCACGUCAAAGAAAUAA